CUCUUUUUCUAUAUUGUGACAAAUUAUUUCCUGCAAUCCAAUCGCAUCUGUCCGGGGCGGGAUGUCUUUUGAAGUACAGCGAUAACAAAACUUCCCAGUCGAGGAAAAACUUCAAAGCUGCUGCAAAAUGUUGGGAUGCAAAAUUAUAAAUGUGACAGUGCGCGACGUGAGAUUCCCGACGUCACUGGAGCAGCAUGGAUCGGAUGCGAUGCACACCGAUCCAGAUUAUUCUGCCGCAUAUGUGAUUCUGGAGACGACGGUCGCUGAACUGAAGGGUUACGGGCUCACUUUCACUUUGGGAAAAGGGACGGAAAUCGUUGUUUGUGCAGUUGAAGCCUUGUCUUCUCUGGUGGUGGGUAAAACUUUGGAGGAGAUCGUCAGUGAUUUCCGAGGUUUCUACAGACUCCUGACCAGUGAUGGUCAAAUGAGAUGGAUUGGGCCAGAGAAAGGCGUCAUUCAGCUUGCGACAGCAGCCGUCCUCAAUGCUAUCUGGGAUCUAUGGGCGCGAGUGGAGAGCAAGCCCUUGUGGAAGCUCCUUGUUGACAUGGAUCCUGCAAAGUUGAUCAGCUGUAUUGAUUUCAGAUAUAUCACUGAUGCACUGACGGAGCAGGACGCUUUAGAUAUACUUGUAAAAGCCAAGGAGGGAAAACAAAGGAGAGAGGAGCAGAUGCUAAAGGAAGGCUAUCCUGCCUACACCACUUCCUGUGCCUGGUUGGGCUACACUGACCAACAACUUACCCAGCUUUGCACUGAAGCACUCGCUCAAGGCUGGAUGAGAUUUAAAGUGAAAGUUGGUGCCAAUUUACAGGACGACAUUCGCAGGUGCCGCCUCAUCCGAAAGCUGAUUGGACCAAACAACAUCCUGAUGAUUGAUGCCAACCAAAGAUGGGAUGUUGGUGAGGCGGUUACCUGGGUAACCAAGCUGGAAGAGUUCCACCCCCUAUGGAUUGAGGAACCCACCUCUCCAGAUGAUAUUCUGGGUCAUGCAUUCAUCUCUAAGGCUCUGGCACCCUUUGGUAUUGGAGUUGCCACUGGAGAGCAGUGUCAUAAUCGAGUGAUGUUUAAGCAGUUCCUCCAGGCCUCAGCUCUGCAGUUUGUUCAGAUUGACAGUUGUCGAGUGGGUAGCGUGAAUGAAAACCUCGCCAUCAUACUUAUGGCUGCCAAGUUCAACAUCCCUGUGUGUCCUCAUGCGGGGGGUGUUGGACUGUGUGAACUCGUUCAGCAUCUUAUUUUAUUUGACUACAUUUCAGUAUCUGCUAGUCUGCAUAACAGGAUGUGUGAGUAUGUGGAUCACCUUCAUGAACAUUUCAAGAGCCCAGCUAUCAUCAGAAAUGCCUGCUAUAUACCACCAAUGGAUGCUGGGUUCUCUUGUGAAAUGUUGGAAGAGUCGGUUCAGAAGCAUCAGUUUCCUCAAGGAGACGUUUGGAAAGCCAUUCUGAAGCCAAACGAAAAACAAAAAUGAAUUCAAACAUGCUACUCUAGCUGAUGAUAAAAAUGAUAAAUCACUGAAACCAUGAUCAAACUUUGAAGUCCAUCAGAUGGUCUUGAUCAAUGUGAAUCAUAAAAGAAUGAGGCAGAAAUGUAAGCAUAAUUUAAAACUUUAUUUUAAGUGGCAUUCAGCUGAUCACAAUGUAUAUUCAGGACAUUACUGAUGUAAAAAAACAGCACCAUCACUAUUUAAAAAAAGUCAUUUUUUAACAAAUCUAGACAGGCCCCAUUUCCAGCAGCCAUCACUCCAACACCUUAUUCUUGAGUAAUCAUGCUGAAUUGCUAAUUUGGUACUAGAAAAUCACUUGUCAUUAUAUCAAACACAGCUGAAAGCUAUUUGAUUCAUUAAAUGAAGCUUAACAUUGUCUUUGUGUUUGUUUUUGAGUUGCUACAGUAUGCAAUAGACUGGCAUGUCUUAAGGUCAAUAUUAGGUCAAAAAUGGUAAAAAAGAAACAGCUUUCUCUAGAAACUCAUCAGUCAAUCAUUGUUUUGAGGAAUGAAGGCUAUACAAUGCUUGAAAUUGCCAAAAAACUGCAGAUUUCAUACAAAGGUGUACACUACAGUCUUCAAAGACAAAGAACAACUGGCUCUAACAAGGACAGAAAGAGAUGUGGAAGGAAGAUGUACAACUAAACAAGAGGAUAAGUACAUCAGAGUCUCUAGUUUGAGAAAUAGACACCUCACAUGUCCUCAGCUGACAGAUUCAUUGAAUUCUACCCGCUCAACACCAGUUUCAUGUACAACAGUAAAGAGAAGACUCAGGGGUGCAGGCCUUAUGGGAAGAAUUGCAAAGAAAAAGACACUUUUGAAACAGAAAAAUAAAAAUAAAUGGUUAGAGGGGGCAAAGAAACACAGACAUUGGACAACAGAUAAUUGGAAAAGAGUGUUAUGGAUCUUAACCCCAUUGAGCUUUUGUGGGAUCAGUUAGACUGUAAGGUGCGUGAGAAGUGCCCGACAAGACAGCCACAUCUAUGGCAAGUGCUACAGGAAGUGUGGGGUGAAAUGUUUUUUCAAAUUGUAAUAGUAAUUUUUCACGUUAUUAAUGUUCUGACUAUACAUUGUGAUCAGCUGAAUGCCACUUUGGUGAAUAAAAGUACCAAUUUCUUUCCAUAAGAGCAAAAUCUGUACAUUAUUCCAAACUUUUGGCUGCCAGUGUAAUUUAUUUAUGGAGAUCAUAAAAUAUACAAAUGCACAAAUGGUGAGAAAUAUGAACGCUUUGGAAACACUUUACAAUAAGAUUGUAUUCGUUAAAAUUAUUAACAUGAACUAACAAUGAACAAUACUUUUACAGCACUAAAUAAUCUUGGUAAUUGUUAAUUUCUAUAUAUACUAAUACACUUUUCCAUUAAUAUUAAUCUAAUAUGAACAUGAAUAAAAAUGAACAAUAGUAUUUUGAUCAAAUAACAUUAACAAAGAUCAAUAAAUGCUGCAAAAAUCAUUGCAAAUUCAUGAUACCUAAUGCAUUAACUAAUGUUAACGAAUUAACGUGUUACAAAAGAUUUUUCAGUUCUUCAAAAGCUUAUUAAAUUGUAGAGUUGAGGUCA